CCUACAUUACAUAUUUCAGUUUUGUUUUGAAUCAUUUCGCUGAAGUAAAAAUCUUACCAAAACAGAAAAAAAAAGUUUUCUAGCUAAUUUCACGUGAAAUCCAAGAUACCUGAGAUAUUCCCAGCUCUCAAGCACAAUUUACUGUGAAAAAUUGCUUGUUACACGUGAAUUUUUCCAACUAACCUUCACACUUCGAUUAUGCAGUUAGUCACCAAAAUACGGCUUUUCGGGGAACCGUACACGGUUAGCUACAUAUCAGAGGACGACGUCGUGUUCCCUAAUGCAGAAGUGUACAAGGCUUUGGGUUUUGAAAGGCACAAUUCCUGCGAUAUCUUCGUAAACAGUGAAGAUGACUCGAGUGGCAGAAAACCCCUGCGUUUGGUGACGAGUGCCCACUUCCUACGUCCCUUCCUGCGGGAGUGCAUACAGUCAGACAUCUACAGAUGGAAGGUGCUCACGCAUUUACGAGAACUCAGCGGCAUUCCUGAUACAGAAACUGUAUUUUUUAAGCUAAUCUUAGAUCCUCCGGACAAAGAACUUAUUGACUAUGCAUGGAAUGAUAGAAUAUUGAGGAUAGUGUGGAGCCGAGUUGAAAUAGAGAAUGCAUUUUCCUGGUUAUCAACUCUUGGUGGGGCCUACUCUGCUUUAGGCGACUAUUUUGAGAAUUGCGCUGAAGAAGCCGGCAGGAUAUCGCAGAGACAGUACAAACUGUCAAUGAUGCUUGGAGAUGACUCUCUGGCGGCCCGGAGCCAGCUGUACUCUGCCAUAUCCUGGGCCCAGAAGGGCAACCUCAAGCUAGCCCGGCAUAUCACAAGGCAUGUGGCGAGCUUCGCUCGAGACACCAAGGACAAGCGGCUGCUGCGGAUGUGCCAGGGGGUGUGGGCCAAGCUCAAGUACAUGCGGGCACAAAAGAGAGGUUCCACAUCACAUUUGAUCAAGGAAGAUGGUGACAAAAAGGUUGAUGUCUAGUCUUGUUUUAUGUUACAAGUUUUGUUAUUAAAGUUAUGAUAACCUUUAAUGGAGAAUACACACAUAAAUGUUUGAUUUAGUUUUCUAUAGUUGUAGCAUUUUAUGUACCCUUAGACACCUGUCCACAUAAUUGCUGUUGUGUUCCUGAAAAUGUUGUGUAGGUACAAUGGCAAGAAAUUAAUUAGAUUUGGUGUUUAAUAAUAAUAAUCUUUGUAUAAACCCUGCUCUACUGACUAUCAACCAUAUCCUAUAGACUGUCCCAUGUUCCAAUUUCCACAAAUUACUAUUAAAGUAAACUGCAUAUAAUGUGUGUUUGUAAUUUUGUAGAUAAACUCUGUUUGGUGCUGUAAAUAAUUGUAAUUAAGUAUGUACGUGUUAAUAAAAACACCCAGAAAAGUA